ACUUCUUGCAACAUCCCUUCUGCCCGCAGCAGCCUCUGCCGUCUCUUGGCUCCCGGCAUGCAGUGGGCGUGGAGCGCUUCAAAAGCCUAGCGCAGAGCGGCCAAGCGCAGCUGUUGCAGUCACACAGGGGCAGAAUCGGCACCAGUCGGAAUUACACUCCGUCCUAUUGUUGCCUGGGAUCAUAGCUCGCAUUGUUGGUUACAACAUAAAUCUGUCCGUCUUCCACGGAUUAUCUAACGCUGUCGCCAGCUUUACUCCUGGAUCCUGCUGGUGAGAGCGCCCUGUAGCUUCCCGGGGAGGGUGAGUGUUUUCCAGCAGCAGCAGCGAGGAGAAGAAUGUUGGAAAGCAGCUGCAAGGUGGUGAAGGAGGGACUGCUGGAGAAGAGGAGCGAUGGCUUACUGCAGCUGUGGAAGAAGAAGCGCUGCAUUCUUACCGAGGAAGGGCUCUUGCUCAUCCCACCCAAACAGCUGGAGCAGCAGCCGAGCCCGCCCGCCGAGCCCGCUAGGAUCAAGGAGCUGCACUUCUCCAACAUGAAGACAGUGGACUGCGUGGAAAGGAAAGGCAAAUACGUGUAUUUCACGGUGGUGAUGGCAGAGGGGAGGGAGAUAGAUUUUCGGUGCCCGCAGGACCAGGGCUGGAAUGCAGAGAUCACCCUGCAGAUGGUGCAGUACAAGAACAGGCAGGCUAUUCUGGCAGUGAAAUCCACCAGGCAGAAACAGCAGCACCUGGUCCAGCCGCAUGGCCACCGCAUCCGCAGCUCGUCCAACUCCGCAUAGCCUGCUGCUGCCAUUCACACAGCUCUGCCAUCGGAUUCCAGGUCUAACUAAAAAAGCACUUUAAUGGGCAUCAGAAGUAUUUUUGUUCAGCUCAUCUUAUUGACGCAUUUUGGAAAAGAACUGUGCCAGGCUGUUCAGUGGACAGGAAGAAGCAGACAUUGCCAGGCCUGCUAACCAAGAUGAAUGAUUGGUGUUUUCCUUGGACCAUAGGAAGCACUGAGUAAAUGGGAAAUCUACAAGAACCAGAUGUACUUUCAUUUUUUUGUAAUCUAUUUAUUCCUUCUUUUCUGCUAUUUGCCAAACUCCACUGCAUUCUGACCACAAAGUCAAAUGUAACUGAAUGUAUGCAAUAUCUGGCGUGCAGUCUGACUCACCAGCUCUCCAAGCGCAGAAGGUGUAAAUAUCUUAUUAUACAAUAUAUAAGGUAGUCAAAGGGCACAAUGGAAUUCACUGGCUAUUUGCAGAAGAUACAUGCAAGUCAUUUUAAGCCUUAUAAAAUAUUUAUUUUUUUCCAUUGCCGAACAAUCCCAAGAGACUCAAAAAAUCCUGUGAGAAGAAAAAAAUCAAACAGUGGAAUAAGACACUUUUGGUUGUAUUAUUAAUUCUCAGAUCAUGUUGAUAUUUUAUUUGUUUGUAUUGUCAGAGGGAUCAGCCACAUUCCCUUUUUUUUGCCAAAUUACAGCAGCUUUUGGUUCUGGACAGGAUUCAUGAGCUUUAUGUAUCAGAUGUCUUUUUAGAGUCCAUAGCAGCUCUGUUGCCUAAAGUCCUUUAUUUAUGUUCUGUAAAAGCACUCUGCAUACUGGACCAAUCUGUAUCUUAUUUGGUGUUAGGUGUAACCAGCUUCCGUUCUAGCAUUGUUCUAUGGACAUUUUACGGAAGUUUAAGGUUUUUAGAAAUGAGUUGUGGGCAGGAGGCCAAGGUGGUACAAGAGCCAUGUUGUAACACUGCGCAGUGCCACUCUGGACUUACUGGAACAGAGAGCUCUGGUACAUGUGUACAGUGGGCUUGCAUCUAAAAUAUUCUGUAACAUUGUGUCCAAAUGGUGAAAUAUGACUCUUAUCAACUUCUUACGUGUAGGUGCAUGUGUUAGUAACUGAAGGUAAAACAUAAGGAUAAUUCAAGUAAAUAAACUUGGACAGUGCCUAGUACCUAUAGUAUAUCAACCAAUAAACAGAGGGAAGGUCUGAUGGAUGUUUAUGUUGCCAACUCACUGAUGUAAUGUUUUCCAUCUAACAUCAAUCUGUCAAUAUCUUAAAUGGAUAGAAUAAAUCAUUAAAAGUGUUGCCUCCCCUGAUAACUCAAAGUGUAUUUUAAUCUGAUAUAUUAUGCACUGACACCACUGAGUACACUUCUGUUUCAGUUGUGUAUUGAUUUAUUCAUGAUGUAUAUAUUAUUUACAAAUAUCCAACUAAGAAUAAAGAAAAUUCCUACAUUUUUAAAAAAACAAAA